UUCAAGCCUUGGUCCGUGGUGACCAUACUUCGAAGUGGAAGCAACUGCUGAAAGAGGAUAUGACCUGCGUCAUUAAUAAUGGGAAUGUUUAUGAAAAUGAUUUCCAGUGGAAGCUGUGCGAUCAUCCCAAAAAAUUUGUUUUCUUAAGCGGUACAACUGUUAAACCAGUUGACCUUAACAAUAUACCAUCUGAGAAAUAUUUCUUUAAAGAUUUCGCCGACAUACUCGCGGGGGGAUGUAACAUGGACAGACUUCAAGAUAUCAUAGGUGUGGUUGAUGAGAUUGAAAACUGCCAAUCCAAGACAGGAGGAAAAAAGAUUGUCAUUUCUUUUAAACUCAAAGAUUUGAGUGGGAACAUUGUAACUUGCACGCUGUGGGACACUUACGGAACCAGGUUUUUAAAUUACUAUAAUGACGAUUCAAAAUGUGGAGCAAUAGUCAUUGUUCUAACUCAUGCAAUCAUUAAGGAUUCUCAGGUCUCUAAUGGCUGGAGUGGCUCAAAACUGUUUAUCAAUGACGAUAUUGCUGUUAUCAAUGAAUUCAUGUCAAAGCUGUCUGAAUCUCAGAGGAAUGAAAGACCAUUGCAAUCCACUCAGACGAUGUCUUCUUGGUCUGGGUCAACCCAAUACACAACUAUUGAUAAGUUUGUUUAUAAUGCCAAAUGUAUGUCGCUAGCUGAAGUGGCAAAGUUAAAACAGGAAUCUGUGUGUGUAACUGUGGCUACUACUUUGAAAUUUGCUGUUUCCAAAUAUGGAUGGUUCUACUAUGGAUGCACCGGCUGCACUUUGAAGGCUUCCAAUCCAGAUAAUCCGUUUAAAUGUGGAUGUGGUGAAAAUGUUGUGAAACCUGUACCAAGGUACAAGGUUGAGAUUCAUGUAAUUGAUGGAGAAUCCAAGUUCCGCUUUGUAUUUUGGGAUACUGAUUGCUUUAAUAUCAUUGGAAAAACAGCCGACGAUAUGCGCAAAUCCAUGAUAGAGAAUGGUGAAGAUGAUCCUAUGGUAUAUCCAGACGAACUUGACGUACUUUUGAAAAAAAGAUUUGCUUUUAGAGUUAAAGUGCAGCCAAACUUCAAUCAAGGAUCCGUUCAGAAACUUUUAACAGAUGCAUCUUCUGUUGAUCAGAUUUUAGAAAACUACAUCAAACAGCAAGAUGAGCAAAAUAAAGACAUUGUAGUCAAUGAACCAAAAACACCAACAGAUACCUUGAAUUUCAACAUUGCUGGAAAGGAUCCAAGAAAGGAAGAUACCAUUGAUUUCUCAGCUCAUUCACUUUCGGCAUGUGGAGAAAAUGAACCCGAAAUCAACAGUACGGUCACCCCAACAAAGGCGAAGUCAACAAAUGCACCAGACGGUGAAAAUGAAUGUGAGUUUGUCGGAGCUACACAGUACUCGGGUACCAAACCCCUAAAAAAAGUGAAGAUAGAAGGAACCAACUGAUAUGUUGGUGAUUAAAAAAGCACUUACUUUA